AUAACGCAUGCCGUGAUACCUUUAACUCCUCAGUCGCAGGUCGACGCGUCUCAGGUGUGCAUCUGUGCCAGUACCAAGUGUUUUCAGACGUUUCGUGUGAUCGGCGGCAAAUUUCGCAAAGACAAUCCCGUCCGUCAGCUGUUCACGGCUCUCGCCGGCGAUCCUCACGUUGUUUGCGAACCUCUUGCUGGUACCGAAAGAAGCAGCGCGCACCCCUCAAUAUGGUCGGAGUGACACAAAGACCCUGGACACCCACGAAAAGACGGGGCCCAAUCGCCGCGGAAUAUAGCAGCCCGGGACCAGCGUGCGUAACUUUGCCGCCGCUGAUCGGAAAAACUGUCCCGGAUUCGAAACGGGAAAGAGCGCCGGCGUUUUCCUUUGGCAGCAGACAUUCAACAAAGAACAACAGUCCUGGCCCUGGACCUGGCCAAUACAAUGUCUCCGGGCUUAGUGCAAAAGGAAAGGAUGCUGCACCUGCCGUGUCACUGCACGGCCGAACGAAAUCGACGAAACUGGAAGUUACACCAGCACCAGGCGACUACAAUCCACAGAAGGCACAAAAGAUCAUUCUCGACAGCUCGCCGAAAUAUUCCUUUGGUGUUAAAACGCAGGUGGAGAAAAUCAGCUGCACGCCUGCACCGAGCGACUACUACGUGGAAAUCGUGAAUCUCUAUAAAGCGGUAGCGUUCACUUUCGGCGUGAAAGCUGUGUUGGAAAGACCGAGUGAUGUGCCCGCUCCAGGUACUUAUCGUCCCGAGAAAACGAAGCUAGACAGCGCGCCGCAGUUUACGUUUGGACUUAAAACGCCACUCGAGAAGCCGAGCGACACUCCAGCACCCGGAACGUACAGCCCCGAGAAGAUGAAUCUGGAGAAGGGUCCGCAGUUCAGUUUAACCGGCAAAGGCCGAAUUGAGAAGUGCAACGGAACACCAGCGCCUGGUGCGUAUCGUCCAGAGAAGGUGCGAUUGGAUUCAUCGCCGGAAUUCAGUUUCGGAUUAAGACCCGCUGUAGAGAAGCCAAGCGAUACACCAGCGCCCGGCACGUACAGCCCUGAGAAGGUCAAUCUGAAUAAAGGCCCUCAGUAUAGCUUAAGCGGCAAGGGGCCCGCCGAAAAACCCACAGAUACACCAGCGCCUGGAACAUACUCUCCCGAGAAAGUAAGAUUAGACAUCGCGCCGCAAUACAGCUUUGGAGUUAGGCACGCCGCAGACAAGCCUAGCGAUACGCCAGCACCUGGAACGUACAGUCCAGAGAAGACAAAUUUAGAUAAAGGGCCGCAAUACAGUUUGACCGGUAAAGGGCCUGCCGAAAAGCCCACAGAUACACCAGCUCCCGGAACGUACUCUCCCGAGAAAGUAAGAUUGGACAACACGCCGCAGUACAGCUUCGGAAUCAGGCAUGCUCCGGACAAGCCUAACGAUACGCCGGCGCCUGGAGCUUACAGUCCGGAGAAGGUAAAUUUGGAUAGAGGACCGCAAUAUAGUUUGACUGGCAAAGGUCCGGCUGGGAAACCUUGCAAUACGCCAGCGCCUGGCGCGUACUCGCCGGAGAAGGUAAAAUUGGAUACCGCACCGAGAUACAGCUUUGGACUUAGGACACCUCUUGAUAAGCCUAGCGACACGCCAGCGCCUGGAACUUACAGUCCGGAAAAGGUAAAUUUGGACAAAGGACCACAGUAUAGUUUGACAGGCAAGGGACCCGCUCUCAAACUCGAUGAUAUUCCUGCGCCUGGCACAUACAGUCCCGAAAAAGUGAAUCUGGAUAAAGGACCACGGUACAGCUUGACCGGGAAAGGAACGUCGGAGAAACUGAGCGACAAUCCAGGCCCCGCUGAUUACAAACCAGAGAAAGCUCUAAAUCUGGAACAUAAACCUUAUUACAGUUUCGGUGAUAGGAAAUCCUUGGAUAAACCUAAAGAUACACCAGGACCUGCCGAUUACACCCCCGAGAGAGCUCUAAGUCUGGAGCAUAGAUCCUAUUUCAGUUUCGGUAAUAGAAAACCCCUCCAUAAGCCCCAUGAUACACCAGGGCCUGGUAGUUACAAUCCACAGAAAGCUCAACAUCUGGAACAUAAACCCUAUUUCAGUUUCGGUAACAGAACGCCUCCGUCUAAGCCUAGCGACACGCCAGCUCCCGGUACAUACAGUCCCGAGAAAGUAAAUUUGUCUAAAUCACUGCAAUAUAGUUUUGGAAUUAAAACCGAGAUUCAGGAGAAGGCAACUGUACCAGGACCUGGCGAGUACAGCCCAGAAAAGGCAAUGCUUUUGUUGCAGAAAGCGCUGCAAUUUACUUUCGGCCUCAGACCACCGAUGAGUAAACCAAGUGACGUUCCAGCGCCCAAUAUCUAUAACAUUCCUUCCGCUCUUGGCGGGACUAAGGAGGGUAACAAGAAAGCAGCUCCCGCUUAUUCGAUAUCCGGUAGGCAAAAGAUCUUUACCGACGACCGCAUCCUCGUGCCCGGACCGGGUGCAUACGAGGCUAUCAAACCGGAUGCAGUCAGAGCGAAGAGUCCGGCGUACAGCAUGAGCGCUCGCUUCCAGAUGCCCGAUGAUCAUUCGCAGAUCCCAGGACCUGGAGCACAUUGUCCAGAAAAGGUGACCCUCGACAUUCCUCCUGCGCACACAUUUGGCAUCAGGCACUCACCAUACAUUUGCAAUUUGAAAGAUGCAGUUUAUUAAUUUAUAAACUAGUGACGAAAAGCCAAUAACUUAUCGAUCAAGUUUGCUUUUUUGAUUAUCUGAUAAUAUUAUCGAUCGAUGUAUCAUUCUUAGACAUAGGGUACGGUUGAAGUCACGCUUCGAAGCGCUUCUAGACACUUUCUAUCCUUUUCCUCCUGUCAAAUGAGAAGGAUAGAAAGUAGCUAGUCUAGAAGCGCUUCGAAGCGUGACUUCGACCGUUUCCCAUAGUCGUUUAUAUUCUUCUUUUGCUUUAUCUUAUUAAAUAUUAGUUUCACAGAAGAUAUUAGCAAACUGGAUUAAAUGAAAAUAUAUAUAUAGGUAGAAUUGUUAUAUUGCAAAACAGGAUACUCAUCACGAACUUGCGCAUAAAAAGAUUAUUUUAAAUAAAGAGAUCUAAUGCAGUAGAA